GUUGGCAAGCAUAGCUAAUAACUCAAAUUCUAAACUUUUGACCAUUGAUCUUGAAAGGGUAAGGUUGAAACUUCAAUAAAUAUGGCAUACGUAAUGUUGAAUAUUCUUCCAACGUGUUGAACAAUUCAGCUAGCUAACUUGUUAAAAACAUUUUGGACACAACAUUUCUGGUACAUGUUUCAUUGUCCAAAGAGUUGUAAGAAAUGAGUAGUGAAGAAGCAACAUCACUGAUGGAUCUUCCAUCACCAAUCUUGUUUGAAAUUCUCUCUAGAUUACCUCCCACCACACUCUUAUACGUCAAAAGCAUCUCCAAAUCUUUUCUAAACUUAACCUUAGAUUCCGAAUUUUUAAAACUAUCACGUUCAACAUCUCCAGCCAGCAUCAUCAUCAACCAAUUCAGCUCUUAUGAGACUUGUAGUACCGACACCUUAAAGUUGUUGAAAUUCAAAGAUGAGGAUACUGAUCAUUCAUAUUGUCAUGAUCCAAAACUUGACCUUGAUCUACAACAUUACUUUGCUAUUGAUCCAUUUUGGAUGGUUGGAUCGGUUCAUGGUUUCGUUUGUUUUAAUUACUUCCCUGAUUAUGUUGAAACUAUUUACAUCCUCAACCCAAGAACCAGGGAGUAUAUCAUCCUUCCAGAGGCUGGAGGGAUAAGAGAGUGGCCCAAUGAUGUCAUGUAUAGCUUUGGUUUCGAUCCUGUUAGGUUCGAGUACAAAGUGGUUAGAAUUUACCAAGAAGAAAUUUAUGAUGAUAAUACUAGUUAUUACAAGUCUAAAUGUCAAGUCUACACAAUUGGCAAAGGGUAUUGGAGAAAUGCAGGACAUGUUCUGUUUUCUUUCAUGCCAUAUUGGGUGAACCUCUACGCGAAGAUU